GCCGCAUUUGAAAUAUACUGACAGCUGCCUGCAUCAGGCAGCGGUGCAUAAAACUUGUAAAAUUUGCGAUCAAUUAUUGCCAAAAUUGUUCAAUAUAUUUGUAGAAAAAAAUGUACACAGAUGAGGUGCGCACGCCGCAAGCACUCAAGACCAGAUACUAUGCCAGCCUAAACGAGCUAAAAUGCCGCGUUACGGCCAGCGGCAGGCGCAGUAGCAGCAGCAUCAGCGGCAACAAUUUCACGGCAGCGGCGUCUGCAACGCCGUCGAAUGGCGCCAAACCGAACAAAUCGAAAAGCAGCCCCCAAAUGUGCACAACAGCCUGCACACCGCCCCCCAAACGAUUGCAGAAGGUGCGGAAUCCAUUCGAAGGCGCCUUGGCCGAGCGUCUACAUUUACCGCUAAUUGCCAGUCCCUCGCUUUUUCAGUGUCGAUCUGGCACGCCGCAGCUCUCGUCCACGCAAUUUGAAUGGGACAUUGAGGAAGUGUCCCAGCUGAAGCCUGCCGAUGUGGAGCCACACGAGACGCAAUUUCAUGACUCGCCGGAUCCCGAGCAGGAGUCCAAAGCGCAACUGGCCAUCAGUGCCUUCUUCAAGGAAUCCCACAUAGUGCCCAGUCCCGUUGACUGUCCGCUGCGCAAGCAGCGUAUUAUAAUCAAUGAAAUCAAUGACAAUACGCCCAUAUCGAAUAAAACCAAACCGCGUUCACGCAACUGCGAGGUCCAGACGGAACUGACGCUGCCGCCGGUGCUGCCCAAAGCUUUGGAAGAAGCGCUGCGUCCUUAUCUGCAGCCACAUUUGGCUGGCAUGCAACUGAACAAGUCUGGCAGCAGUGGCGAUGUCUUCAACAGCUCCAUGCGUCGCAAGUUGUUCGAUUUGCAAAAUAUCAUAGUGCUGGGUGAAAUGGAUCCGCAGGAGCAGCAACAGCAGCCGCUGCCACCUGACGAGCAGCAUGCACAAAUGGUGGGCUCCAGUCCGCAGGCCAAGCAGACCAUGUUCGCCGGUCGCCUCUCAGACUCGGCUGGCGAGGGCUCCAACAGUUUUGGCUGCCUCUCACCCAUACGCAAUCUGUGCGGCCUGCCGCCGGGCACACCGGACGAUGGCAAUGGACCGGGUAGCUCACGCAGGCGAAAGCAGCUGCUGCACGACCUAGUUGAGCUACCUUCGCCCAUAGCACCGUCGGAGCAUUUGAGCAGACGCCUGCACAAGAGCAGCACCAGCAGCGAGCACGUGACCCUCUCGGAGCUCACGGGCACUGGGCGAGCGGCGUGCAAAUUUACGCCCGAUCGCAGUUCAUCACCGAUGGCAUUGGAGUACUCGACAGACAGCAGCAUCAAUCAGCGUGUGAGCCGUUUGCGCGUGAAUAGUGCGCGGCAAUUGCCGAACACGUCCAUCCUGGAUGAGGUAAAGCUGGUGCUGGCCGAGCGAGAUGAUGACGAAGCGGCUGCUGUGGAUGCAGAGCCUGAUUUUGAGACAGAUGAAGAUGAGGAUGGAGAUGGGGAUGGGGAUGUGGAUGGGAUGCAAUUGUCGCAGCUCUCGACGCAUAGUUUUAAUUGUAGCUCCAAUUCGGAUACUCCACGCGGACAUCGCCGACAUCGUUCCGCAAAUCGCAAGAAUCUGUCGCAAUCCUUUGGCGCCAAUCUGCUGGAUGAUGGGGAACAGCUCGACGAGCCACAGAUAGAAGAAUAUGUGGCACCACAGCCGGAGGGCAGUGUUGAGCCCCCACGUAUUGGUUUUUAUCGCACGGAUAGCGGCUUCAAUGAAACCAGCAGCACAUCUAAUUUUGCCUGCUCCCAGGAGCUGCCCAGCGGCAGCCACUACGAAUGCACUUCACUUGAUGUCUCCAUGGUUUGCUGCUCGACGCCCUCUACACGUUCCUGACUAAUUUGCAACAACAGCAACAAAUCAUAUGAUUAAUAUUCCCGUUAUGUAGACAAAAUUCUAAUGCAAUAAUCCUUCUCAGAAUUGAGUUAAGAUGAGUCGAAACUGCAAUGUAAUCCCACCGUAUAUUACCAAGGCCUUGCUUAUCGUUUAGUUUAGUUUAUUUUUUAAUUGUGUACGUUUUUAGCAAAUUUAAAUAAUCAUUGUCCAUUUAGUUGCCAAAAUA